AUGACCAAAGUCCGUGUGGGCGCUGUGCAGGCUGAGCCUGGCUGGGUUGAUCUUGCUGCUAGUGUUGCAAAGACAAUUGCUCUGAUCAGGGAAGCUGGCAAGAAGGGAAUCAAUGUUCUAGGAUUCCCAGAAGUAUGGAUACCGGGAUACCUAUGGACGAUGUGGACCGGAAGUGUGAUUGAUAACGUUGAGUUGAUGCAUAAAUACAUGGCUAAUUCUCUCUCGCGGGACUCCCCAGAAAUGGAUGCUAUCCGUGGAGUUGUCAAGGAGGCAGGUAUAUUUAUCGUCCUAGGGUAUAGUGAGCGCGACGGUGGCAGUCUGUACAUGGCACAAUCAUUUAUUAACCCUGACGGAGAUAUUGUGCGUCAUCGACGCAAAGUCAAACCCACCCAUGUGGAGCGAUCUAUCUGGGGUGAGGGGCAAGCUGAAUCGCUACAGACAGUAGUUGACUCCCCUUUUGGUCGCAUCGGAGGUCUGAACUGCUGGGAACAUCUACAGCCCUUACUGCGGUUUUAUGAGUAUUCCCAGGGUGUGCAAAUCCACGUGGCUAGUUGGCCUGCCGAGUUUCCGGAACCAAAAGGGAUCAAAUGGCCUUUCCAUGAGACGGACGUGGCAAGUCGAAAUGCUAGUCAGUUCUUUGCGAUUGAGGGGCAGGCGUUUGUGUUAGUAUGUACGCAGGUGGUCAAGAAGGAGAGCCUAGAGAAGCAGAACUUGGUUGAAGGGGGUAUCAUCCAAACUCCGAGCGGAGGGUUCUCCAUGAUCUUUGGACCGGACGGUGCUCCUCUUGUGGACACCCCCCCAGCAGGUGAAGAAUGCAUACUGCAGGCAGAUAUUGACCUCCAGGAUAUUGAUUACGCUAAAGCGAUGAUUGAUACUGUAGGGCAUUAUUCACGUCCUGAUUUACUCUCUCUGAGGGUAAACACUGAACCUGCCAAAUGUGUCCGGAAGAGUCCAGGGGAUAAUUAG